UUAACCCACAAGUGGUUUGGAUAAUAACAGUAGUGCUGUUUACAGGGCAUAAGUGACAACGUGCUUGAUUAACAAUGGAGCAGGCAACAUUUGGUAGUAUUUCAUACUUCCAAACAGCAGAUUACGCUUUAUUUGGUGUGAUGAUGGGGAUUUCAUUAGCCAUCGGAUUGUACUAUGGUUUGAGCGGUGGGCGUCAGCGUACCUCGGCUGAAUACAUUUUAGCCGAUCGCAGUAUGACGUUCGUACCAGUCACACUGUCUCUUCUAUCAAGCUAUUUUUCAGGGAUUUCAAUGCAAGGUAUACCUGCCGAUGUCUACUACCAUGGUUCUCUGGUUAUAUGGAUUUUCGUUUCAGUGCUAAUCGGUGGCAUUCUAGCAUUGACUUUUUUCAUGCCGAUGUAUUACAGACUUGGCUUGACAUCUGUAUAUGAGUAUUUAGGUAUGCGGUUCAACCACGUGGUCAAGCUUUGUGGAGUUUUUUCGUUUCUUAUUUUCGCAUUUCUUUACAUGGGUGUGGUGGCAUAUACUGCCUGCGUUGCAGCAACAGCAGUGACGGACAUCAGCCUUGAAGUCGCUCUUAUUUCGGUGACUGUAAUCUGUGCCAUUUACACAGUUAUCGGAGGAAUUAAGGCUGUUUUAUGGACAGACAGUCUUCAGAUGUGUCUGAUGAUUGCUACGAUCCUGUCAGUCAUUAUCAAGGGUUCAAUUGAGCUUGGAGUUGGCCAGAUCUGGGAGACAGCAUCUAAAGGACGACGAACAAACUUUUUCGAAUUCCAUUUUGACCUAACUGAAUUCUACAAUGGAUGGGGAUUUGUACUUGGUCAGAUAACGUUCGUCAAUACUCUGGUCAACACACAGUAUAUGGUGCAGCGAAUGGUUGUCUGCAAAUCAGAAGCAGUUGCAAGAGCGUCAAUCAUUGGCUACCUUAUUGGUGCGUGCAUCUUCCAGGGUCUUGUAGUAUUUGCAGGACUGACUAUCUACGCUUACUACGAGGGAUGUGACCCGGGGACGUUGGGGUAUACGACUAGAAACGAUCAGAUUUUACCAUAUUUUGUUAUUGAUGUGUUCCGCCACUCUCCCGGAAUACCUGGUUUGCUGCUCAGUGGACUUUUUGGUGCUGCCUUGAGCACACUAUCAUCAGUCCUUAAUGCAACUGCUACUUUGAUUGGCGAGCAUUUCGUGAAGCCAUUGGUGAAAGGAAUGAAAGACUCAAUGUACACAGUGACCCUUAAAAUAAUAGUUGUAAUCUCAUCGUGUGUUACUCUGGGUAUAGCGUUCCUGGUCCCCGUACUUGGAGAUGCCAUUCCGGUUGUGUUAUCCAUACCAGGAGCUUCACAGGGAACUCUCCUUGCUUUGUUUAUCCUUGGUGCCUUUUGUCCCUUCUGCAGUUCAAAGGGUGCUGUUGCUGGCUAUGUUGUGGGGCUGGUGUUUGGCAGUAUCAUGUCUGUAGGGACUAUUGUUUACUCCAAACCUUCACAGAACUUGCCACUUUCAGCUGAAAUGUGUCUGAAUGAAUCGUUCAUGUUGUACAAUGACACGAUGGUAACUACUGCCGUAACAACUCAUGAUGUAACCCUAUGGAAUGAAACGCAGAUACCACUGGCAGACACAACUGAAGCAGGAGAUAUUUACAGACCAGUUAUUUUUACCGUAUCAAAGGUAUGGAUCGGCUUCAUUACAUUCGCAACUUCCAUGAUUGUAGCUGUAAUAACUACACUCGUUACUGGGGUUAAUGACACUUCCAAAAUGGAUCCACGACUUGUGGUGUGGAAAAUCAACAGUUCAUAUCAGACUGUACAAGAAGAGGAAGAUACUGAUCAAUGUUCAGAUAAAGAUAACAGAGACAGGCAAGAGGAGAAGUUUCAUUUCAAAUCUGAGAAGCAACAAGAAACCCUAUCAGGGAACUGUACCCUACGGAAUCAGCAGAUGACCACCGUGUAAAUUAAUAAAAACUUCGUCUUAAAAUUCGCUGCAAACCUUUUGGUGCCACUGUUGACUUUACCGGUAGGCCUACACGUUCGUAAAGCACUCGAGGUUUAAAUAGUACCGUUUUUAUGUACAACUGUCUUUUAUUAUACUGCAACACAUGAUCCUUUUAAAAAACUUUUAGAGUCGUCAAAUCAUGGGGAUUCAAAUUCGCACGCAAACCUGAUUUAAGAGAGCAUGUGGGAAGAACUUGACAAAAUGUGCAUAGGCUACACAUCUUUUCUUAUUUUACGAUGUUUAAAAGUAAGUUAGUAAGUAAUUAAUUAGAUAAGUAUAAGUAAGUAAGCAAACAAGUAACUAUGGAAAUAUCGACAACACAUCUUAAGAUGAAUCUUAGCGCUUUGUGAAAUCGGCCUCGUAAGCGGUCUUGACAUUCUAUUUAUCGAAGUACACCGUAUUUCUUAUUGAUUUAGUUCCAUUGAUGGCUGAAUAAGCGCCCUCUUGUGGAUAAACCUCCGUCAUUGGCUUACGAUCACAGACUUGGGACCAUUGUGAAAUGAGUCAACAGAAUAUCCGAGGCCUUCAUUGAAAUGCACAUAACUAUGGUGGCCCUGAAGGGACAUCGCACAUCGCAAAUAUCUUUGCAAAUAUUUGCGAUGUCGCAAAUA